CUUACCCAAUUACACAGCAGUCACUUUACUAUAUAUAUAAUAGUACAACUGACCCUUUCAGGUGUCCGACACUUCAAUUGCCCUUUCUAGCCCUCCUACGUAUCUAGCAAGUCACUUCUAGUAACAUGAACGAACCCAUCGAGAUUCUGGGCCAGCAGCCAGCUCUGAAAAUCUACACCCAGAUAGCGGUCUGCUUUUCCGUCAAAGAUGAGCAAUCAUACGCAAAUAUCACCAAAACUCUGUCAAGUGGUCUCGAGCGGCUGACUGAGAGUUUUCCCUGGGUCGCGGGGCAAAUCAUCAACGAGGGCGCCAGCGAAGGUAAUACAGGAAUCUUCAAAAUCGCACCGCAUGAAGCUACCCCGCCCUUGGUCAUCAAGGAUUUGAGAAAUGACCCGUCAGUAUCGUCGAUGAAAGACAUGAAAGCUUCCAACUUCCCCUUCGGCAUGCUAGACGAAAGCAUCAUCUGUCCUCGCCCAACUCUGCCUAUCGACCCGAACCUCGUAGGCAAGUCAGAGCCAGUCUUCAUCACCCAAGUCACCUUCAUCAAAGGCGGACUCAUUCUGGCGUUCCUCGGCCAUCACCAAGUACUAGAUGGUACCGGGCAGGGACAGCUCAUCAAACUCUUAUCCAAGGCGUGCAAGGGUGAAGAUUUCACUGAGGAGGAAGUAGCAAUUGGAAACCUGACGCGCCACAACAUCAUUCCCCUCCUCGAAGACUACAAGGGCGGGCCCAAGACCGAUGCGAUGAUCGUCAAGCCGUCAGCAACUCCAGAUACAGCACCUGCCACAAGCAGCUGGGCCUACUUUGACUUCUCGUCGGCUUCUUUAUCAGCCCUCAAGUCAUUGGCUUCAGAAACAGUCAAUUCGGGCUAUAUCACAACAGACGACGCUAUCACCGCCUUCAUCUGGCAGUCAAUCAGUCGCAUCCGCGCGAAUCGCCUACCACAUGAUACGGAAACAAAGAUCGCGCGAGCCAUCAAUGUGCGAGGAUACAUGGGCAUUCCUCAAACCUUCCCAGCGCUUAUCCAAAGCAUGACGAACAACUCCAUGGCGAUUGGGAGCCUCAUCGAGAGACCCCUAGGAGAAGCAGCAUCUCAACUCCGAUCGACAGUAAACCCCGAGACCUUGAGCUAUGGAGUGAAAGCACUGGCGACGCUCAUGGAUCAGGCAGCUGAUAAAAGUGUCUUCUCUUUCACUGGCACCCUUCGUCUCGACAGAGACUUGGCCUUCAGUUCGUGGGCGAAACUUGACCUCUAUGAGCACGACUUUGGACUGGGAUUGGGCAAGCCUGAGUCGAUCCGGAGACCGCAAUUCACACCCGUGGAAAGCCUUGGGUACCUGCUUCCCAAAGCUCCGGAUGGCAGCAUCGCACUCGCAAUAUGCUUGAGGGACGAGGAUAUGGAGGGAUUGAAGAAAGACGAAUUAUGGUUGAAGUAUUCAAAGUACAUAGGAGAAUAAUUAUCGGGCAAUCUAGGCCCUUGAACGAAUGU